AUGAAAAUGGUAUUAAAACUUUUAGUUUUCUUUUUAUUUUUAAAUUUAAUUUUUGGGUGUAAAGAGUUCACUUUAGAUUAUACAGAGAAUGAAGCAACAGGGUGCAUAGGAUCGUCAAUGACUUUAGUAUUUAAAAAUUAUCAGCAAUAUAAAACAUUUAAAUUCUCACCUGAUCCGCUCGGCAUAGAGACAACGGCCACAGAAAAAACAGUUCACUUAAAGUAUUCAACUCAAUAUACUCUUUCAUACACAAGUGUUGGGGAUUGUACAGCUAUACAAACACAAACAUUUAAUUUCCCAUCGCCAGCAUUAACACCAUCCUCGUUUACAUUACAACAACCAGUGUGUGCAUUUUCUAAAGGUUCGGUAAAUUUACAAAAUAAAAAUUCAGAUUCAGUAUAUAAAUUAUUUGACGAUUAUAGUAGCCCUGCCAUAACGAUCACAGGUACCUCUUUAAAUUUGGAUAGCGGUAAUUACAAGAUCCAAGACACAAGUAACUCCAAUGUAUAUACUCAAUGUCAAGUUGGUUUUUCAAUUGCAUCAUCUUCUGCUAAUUUCCCAUCCAUUACUGUAAAUCCUUCGUUAUGUUAUAAAGAUAGUGGCUCAAUAACUGUUGAUAAUUAUUCACAAUAUACUUCAAUCAAAUUAUCAGAUACUAGUUCACCAACUACCGAUAUUUCUGGCACUAGUGGUAAAUUUUCAUCUUUACCUGCUUCUGACUAUACUCUUGUAUUGGUUAGUGCAACAUGUGGUACACAAACCGUUCCAUUAACAGUAUCAUCAGCCUCUCCAAGUUUAGACUUUACCUUUACAGACUCAACUUGCCCAUCAAAGCCAAAGAUUUCAGUUUCAAUAGAUGACAAGGAUGUUCCCAGUACUGAGCAAUUUACAAUGACCCUUAACAGCGUCGCUUCAUCCAAUAAUGUAUUAUCACCAACUAUUGCUGCCGGCAUAACUUCUUUACCUUUCACUUUUGAGUACAAGAGCUGCGAUUUUAGUUUCCAACUCCCAAUUCCAAAGGCCAUCAUGAAUUUAAACUAUGAUAUCAAAGACUCUUUCGAACCAACUUUAAUUAACGACUGUGCAGCUACCUCAUCAUUUACUGUUCAAUAUGAUAAAGAUGCAAUUGAUGGUUUAAAAGUUUCAAAUACUAAGGAUUCCUCAGUAGUUUCAGCAAAUCAGGAUGGAUCAUAUCCAAUAGAAAUGGGAAAUAAAUUAGCAGUCACAUCAACAUGUUAUGUAGACCCAAUUUAUAUUGAAAUUCCACAACCAGAGCCAAUUUAUGAAGUUCAAUAUGGUAUUAAAACAUCCUGUGCCGAAAAUACAACCAUUCAAGUUUUCAAUCAUUUAGAUUUUAGCGAUGUUCACCUUGAAUAUACAUCAGAUUCAUCAAAGAAAAUCAAACUCGAUAGCGACGGUUACUUUAGAAAUAUUUUUAGAACUGAUUAUAAUUUAGUUUAUCAAUUUUGCUCUUCAUCACAGGUUUCUAAAAAGUCAAUUUCCUUAUAUGAUCCAACUAUUUUACCAGAUUUUGAAAUAGUCUCAAGUAGUUCAAAUCAAAACUUGGAUUGCCAAACUUUAACAGGUUCAGUAUCUUUAACCUUUAAAAAAAAUGAUGGCACAAAAUCAACACCAGUUUCGACUUCAUAUGACCCAACUCUAUUAAAUAGUGUUCCAGUAAAAUUUAGUGACCAUUGUACAGUUAAUUUAAAUUUUGCUUCAAAACUAGAAAGUAGCUUCAAAUACGUAGUUAAUAAUAAACCAACAGUAAAUAUAAAUAGUGCAAGUUGCUUAUAUUCAAAUGAUGCUUCACUUGAAAUUAAAAGUAGUGGCGCUUCAUUUGAUACAAUUAUAGUUGGGGAUAAGCAAUUUAUUUAUUCAAGUAACAAUUUAUAUGGAGGUCUUGCACCGGGCCAGUAUAAAGUUAAAGUUUUAUAUGCUAGCUCCAAUAACAACUAUUGUGGAGGUUUAGAUUAUGACCUUGGUACCAUUACAGUUCCAUCCAAGGAUUCAACAUUUAAAGUAGAGACCACAGUUACCCCAGUUACUGAUUGUGGUGUUGGUGGAGGUUCAAUAGAGGUUUUAAAUCCAGGAACAUUCACCUCUUUAAUGAUAGGCUCUACCUCAGCAACUUCAGGCAAAUUUAGUAACCUCGGAUCAAAGAUUUAUAAUGUUGAUUUUAAAUCAGCAACCUGCUCCGGCUCAAUCCCAGUUUAUGUAAACACAAAUAAUCAAAAUUCAUUAUUAACAAACACAAUUAAGCAGCCAACUUGUUACUCUGGUCAAGCAAGUUCUGUUAGUGGCGAUGGUAUUGUAUCAUUUACACUACUUGAUAGUGCUGGACAAACCGAGUUAACUAUAAGUGGUAUCCUCGAAGUAAAUUCAAAUACUGCAGUUUCCACUAAUAGUAUCCCUUCUUCUCCAGGUAAUAAAGAUUUCAUUGUUUCUUCAGGUCAAUGUUCUUAUAGAAAAUCAGUUACCCUUACUUUAGAUGAUCCAAAGAUAACCUAUACAUCAACAUAUCCAUACAAUUGCUUUAGCGACUAUGAAAGUGGUUCUAUUAGUUCAUCAAAUACUGGUGUUUCAAUUAAUUCGCUCACAGUUUUAUCAAAAUCUGAUUCACCAAAAUCAAUAUCCAGCAAUACUGUCAACAAUAUGAAGGGUCAAUAUGGUGUAGUUGUUAAUUGGAAUUCAGUUUGUAAAAAGACUGUUGGUAUUGUAACUCAGCCACCAAAAGAAAUAUCCAAACCGGUUUUAUCAUUUACCCAAGAGUCUUGUAUGUCUGAUUAUGGUUUGCAAUUAAAGGUCACCAAUUCAGAUGAUUUUAGCUUAUUAUCAAUUAAUGGUCAAAUGGCUGUUGCCGGUGUUUUUAAUAAAUUACCAGUUGGUUCAGGAACAUUAAAAUAUGUUGAUAAAUCAAGUAAAUGUGCAGGUACAAUGGAUUUCAGUUAUGACUAUAAAUUAGCUACUUUAGCAUACAAAGGUAAUACAUCAUAUGAAACUUGCCAUGGUUCAUGUAAUGGUCAAUUUAGCUAUACAGCAGAUUCUUCUUCAAACUAUUUUUCAAAUGUAGUUAUAAAGGAAAACUCAAAACCAUAUUUAUUACCAACCAAAUCAAUAUCAGCUAGUGAUAAGCAAUCAUAUGGUAUCUCAACUACAACUUUAUUAUUUAAUUCAAUUAGUAAAACCAAUCCAAUAUGUUCAAUUGUAACACCAAUAAGUUUUUCUUCAUUCGAACCCGAAUUACUUAGUUUAUCCGAUCAAAAUUGUUCUCCAUAUAUCGAAUCAGAGACCAAUGAAGAAACAGAACCAGAGCCUGAAUCAGGAUCAGAGUCAGGAUCAACUAGUAAUAAUACAACAAUCCCUCCAAAGAUUAAUGUCGAUGAAUCCUUAUUAUUAGUAGCUGAUGAUACAAAUUUGCAUUAUGAUUUACCAAGCACUUUUAAAGUUACAUAUAGUUUAACCAAUACAAAGUCUCCACAGAAAGUAAUUUCUUCAAAUAGCGAAACUUCAGCUCAAUAUAAUAGUUUAGAAUAUGGUGAAUAUAAACUCAAAGCCGUUCUAGAUACAAAGGUUUGCAAGAGAUCAAUCACACAAACACUUUUAAUUAAUGAGGCUUCACCAAACCAUUCCUAUCUUGUAAUGGUAGAUUCUGAACAUUUCUGCCAAAGAGUUCACUUUACACCAUCAAAAAUUAAUUCAACUUAUAGUUAUAUCAUCUCAAAUUCUACUACUCUUAUAUAUAAUUAUACAUUAGCAAUAGGUUCAUUCUCAAGUGAUUUAUUACAAAUUAAUCAAAAUUAUACAGUAGAGGUCAUACAAUAUGCAAAUGAUAAUAAAACUAUAGAAAACUCUUGCAGCAUUGCAUUUACAAUAAGAAAGUGCCCACCAGAAAAUGGAUCCAAAGUUAAAUUAAUUUUAGGUAUUGUCUUGGGUGUUGUUGUAUUAGCAUUUAUCCUUGUUUAUAUAAUAUACAAAGCUAGAGAAAGAUCAACAAAGAAAUUUGAAGAAAAACAAUAUGAAUUAGACGACCACCAAGAUGAUAAUCAAAGUAUUCAACAACACCCUCCUUUUCAUGGAGAUUAG